UUAAGCAACAACUCUUGGCAACUCAAUCCGAUCAUACGGUCUCUUGCCAAGAUGGAGGUCUUGGCACUAUCUUGGCCUCACAAAAUCGUCUUCUCACUGGCUCCUUUUGAAACAUGGUCACAAAAUCAAUGGUGCAACAGCAUCGGUGACUGCAAUCAAUGAAUACCUUUACGCCCUCUUUCUUCAACGAGUCCAUCCCCCUCUACGACAACACCAGUAGCUUCCAGAACAGGGAGUUCAACUUUAGUCAGCAACAAACACCUGUAGUACAACCUAGUCCCAAGAAGAGCGACUUCAUCAUCAUGAUGAACGACGGCAAGCCCCCCGCCGAUGAAUUUGGAAUCGGCGGGGGAGCCAAGGGCAACAUGGUGCCUUUGCCGUUUGACUUUGUUCCAGGGAACUUUGACGUCCUCUGUGGGAGAGGAAAGAAAAAUUACAACUCGCCCGGCAAUCAGCGACUUCGUCAGAUUGUUGAAUCUUAUGUGGAACAAUACUCGGCUGCCACUAGCCGUCAAGACAAGUCGGACAUCUUGUCGGCCAUUGUCAACGAAGUGCGCUCGGCCAGCCCUGAUGGAGGCUUCAUCAAGCAAGACCCCGUCACUGAAAGGUGGUUCGAAGUUGGAGACUUCCUUGCGCGGGAAAAGGUGUCCCAAGCCUUUCGCGACGCCUUGAGUAGCCAAUACCGCUCUUCCAAGAAGUUCAAGCACGAGAAGCGCCGUCAAAGGGACAAGGCUGCCAAGAUCGCCAAACAAAAAGGCGUGGUGGGCAAGGAUGAUGAGAAGAAGCCCAAAGGGAAGGCGUCGACCUCUGCCACCAAGCCCUUGCUCGGCAGGAGGAACAGCCUCUCCGUGCUCCGUGAAGAAUCCACACCUUCUUCUCACCCUUUUGCAUCGAUCGGACCAGGAGGCACGGUUCAGGCCAACCGCCCCGCCCGUGCAAUGUCGCUAGGAGCACAAGCCAUGCCUUCCUUUUCGUCUCAGGGCGCUCAGAGCACCCAGCCUGGCAUUGGGGAUCAAAUGCCAUCCCUAACUGGCUUUGGAUUUGGUGGCAGCAACAACCAAGCCAUGCUCUCUCGAGACUCUUCUGCGAUGGGUUCUGCUCACUCUAUGGGUUCUGGGCACAACUCCUGGCCUCAGCUCUUUCCGCACUCGAUGAACCCAAUGUUCAACCAGAUGCACCCUAAUGGAAGUGCUGGCAUGCAAUCCAACAUGGCAAUGGCGAGCAAUCGUUUCUCGGAUGCCAUGAUCACAGAUGCCAACCAGGCACCUUUCCACUUUCAACAUAACAACCCGUCGGCGGACAACUGGCAGCAAAUGUCCCGUAUGGGGGGUCCAGUCGGCGCUGCUGCGCUUCAUGCUUCCUAUCCCGGUGCGAUGGGCAUGGGAAUGCAUCACCCAUACGGUUCCUCGGGAAUCGGUAUGCCUGGGAUGGGCGGUCAAAUGGCGCCCACUGGUGGAAUGGAUCCAUCUGCCAUGAUGGCGGCGAGUAGCAUGGGAAUGCCGCCUCUUCAGCAACAUCAGCCAGCGGUAGCUUCCGUUGGUGACGGCAGCGAACACAGCCAUAGCCACCGAAGUGCGGCGUCGAGAACGCAGCAGCGGCGAUCAUCUGGCCGCGAAGCCGCUCCCACUGCGCCCCUCCAACGAAGUGCCUCUGGUGUCUCGACCGUCUCUGCUUCCGGCAACGCCAUUGUUGAACGUUUGGAGUCUUCUUUGUCUCAGCUGGGCGAAGAUGACAAUCCUUUUGAACCAGUUCCGCUUCCACAGGAACAAGGAAGAGAUCCCAGGGCCAGGGCGAGCCGAAAAGGAAACGAUGAAGACGAAGACUCCAUCCUCCCAGACUGGUAAAGGCAUACCGGUAUUGAGUGUAUACUACUAGAUUGACAGAUAAACUUGAGACACUUCCAAGCACAUUAACAGCUAAAUAACAACAUUUACAUCCG